GGUACUCUUUGGCGUUGAGCCGUUGGGUCUUGAUGACUGCUGUUUCAAUCAGGCGCUAGGCGCUAGUCGCUAGGCGCCAGGCUAAUCUUUCUUGUUCCCUGCGCCCUCUAGUCUGUCCAAUCCACUCUACUCUGUCGGUCCAUUCCAUCCCAUCUAUCCCUCCCCUCCCUCCAGCCGAGCUCCAGAUCCUUAGCGACUCUGAUGCAUCCGUUGGGCUUUAACCUAGGCCGGCUUCCACGGUCCUUACAUUCAUCGCAGAAUACCGCCUCAUCAUCGACAAGAACAGAGAGAAUUGCGGCUAACUUGUAAGUGCUUUCCUCAACUCCGUGCCCUGACAAUCCUCGACCCAUGCACGCACCACAUGUAUGCAUAGGUUACUUCCCCCUUGGGAAGUUGUGGCUGAAGGCUGCAGACCUGCAGUGGUGAGGAUCGAAGCUCUCUAUGGGAAAGGAAGAGAAGGAAGGCACUUGACCAACAAGGAUUAGGCCAAACGCACUCCGAGUCUCAAGGAUGAAGGCGGGCAUUUUGCUAGGCAGCUGUGGACUAAUAUCAAUGUCUUAAGGAUUCGCGAAGAAUCCUUCAUCGAACGGUAAGGGCGGGUGAAGACGCCGACCGGAACAGCUCGCCUCAGAGAGGCCCCCCAGAUUUGGCAACUAAGUUACUAAGUUCGCUUCCCUUCUUCCCCCUCUAACCAUGAGAGUCAGCCCAAACAAGUCGGCCUUUAGCGCAGGCGACCCGCCAGGCAGCAGCAUCAAUGAGAUACCUACUAGGUACUAGUUCUUCAAGAAUCGUUGUUCUCAGAGCCACAAAAAGAGUAAUAACAACAACAAAAAUAAUUUUGUAACAACGACAAAACUUCAACCAUCCAUCACAGGCGUGGCUCUUUGCGCCGCCCCAAUGUCGUGCCAAAUGACUCACAUCGAUCACUGCACAAUCUGACGAGUGACUUUUUCUUUUAAUUCUUUCGGCCUUCUUAUUCCUCCGUUUGCAUCAUGUUCAAAAAGAAGAAAAUUCCCAAGGCCUUUCCGGUCAAAGUGAGCACAAUGGACGCGGAGAUGGAAUUCAAUUUGCGGAUGAAGGCAACCGGCCAAGAGCUCUUUGAUUUAGUGUGUCGAACCAUCGGAUUACGAGAGACAUGGUACUUUGGUCUCCAAUUCCAAGACUCCAAAGGCUAUGCUUGGCUCAAGAUGGAGAAGCGUGUACUGGACCAGGAUGUCAAUCAGGAUCCAGAGCCGUCCGUGUCGUUUCUGUUCCUUGCCAAGUUCUAUCCCGAAGACGUGAGCGAGGAAUUGGUUCAAGAGAUCACGCAGCAUCUCUUCUUCCUACAAGUUAAGCAAUCCAUUCUGAACAUGGAUUGGUACGUUUCGCCCGAGGCAUCUGUGUUGCUGGCCUCGUACGCUGUGCAAGCCAAGUACGGAGAUUAUGACGAGAACAAUCCACAACCCGGUCGAUUGGCCAAUGAAGACCUUCUACCCCAACGCGUCAUCGACCAGUAUAAGAUGACACGAGAAAUGUGGGAAGAUCGAAUCAUGGUUUGGUAUACGGAUCACAAGGGCAUGUCCCGCGAUGAGGCCGAGAUGGAAUACCUCAAGAUUGCUCAAGAUUUGGAUAUGUAUGGUGUGAAAUACUUCAUGAUCUUUAACAAGAAGGAAAGUGACCUCUGGUUGGGUGUCACUAAUCUGGGGUUGAACAUCUACGAGGGGGACAAUAAGCUCACGCCCAAAAUUAUGUUUCCCUGGUCGGAGAUUCGCAACAUCAGUUUUGACGCCAAAAAGUUCAUCAUCAAGACAGUUGAAAAGUCAUCCUCUAAUUUCACAUUCUACUCCAAGAAACUACGUAUGAACAAACUUAUCCUUGAUUUGUGCAUUGGAAACCAUGACCUUUUCAUGCGGAGGCGGAAACCCGAUCCCAUGGAUGUUCAACAAAUGAAAGCCCAGGCUCGUGAAGAGAAACAAAGACGACAAAUUGAGCGAAGCAAACUAGCCCGAGAGAAACAACUAAGAGAAGAGCUUGAGCGUGAAAAGUGUGCUUUAGAGCAAAGGCUCAUCCAAUAUCAAGAGGAGGUUCGGAUUGCCAAGGAAGCUCUUCAAAGAUCCGAGGAGGCGGCGGAUCUUUUGGCGGAAAAGUCGAUGAUUGCCGAGCAAGAGGCCAUGCUACUUCAACAAAAAGCGACUGAAGCCGAAAAUGAGUUGCAGCGAAUCAAAUUAUCUGUGAUAAAAACUGAGGAGGAAAAGCUCCUCAUGGAAAAUAAAGCUCGGGAGGCUGAGCAUAUGGUCAGCCGUUUAGUCGAGGAAAGUGAGCUCCGAAGACGAGAGGCCAACGAAUUGAAGAGAGAAGUCGACAACGCCCGAGACUCUGAGCGGAUAGCUAAAGACAAGUUGAUGUCAUUUCUUUCACAAAACAUCACACCGCCUUUGGAAAACCAUAACGGUCACAAUAGCACAUCGAUGCAUCUCACUCAUUCCUCGGGUUCACCGGGCUUUGAUGGCUACCUCCAUCCCAGAAUACCGUCCUCUUCAGAUAUGGGUUCACCCUCGAUCGACUUGUCCGAAAAUGGGCAUGCUCCAACGUCUAACCAUGAACUACCUUUCGCAUCAUCACAUCCGGAUUUGGUGGCCCUUCACUUUAACCCAUCUGUGAACAGUUUUCACGGUCAUACCUUAAUUGACGAUGAUACGGAUCUUCAGGAUCUGUCGCUCGAGAUCGAAAAGGAAAAAUUCGAAUACUUGGAAAAGAGCAAAAAUCUCCACGAACAACUUCGAACCCUCAAGAAUGAAAUUGAGGAACUCAAAGUUGAUGAGAAAGUUUCAUAUUUGGAUCAAAUCCAUAGCGAGCAACAAGAACAGGGCGAAAACAAAUAUUCCACUAUUCAAAAAGUGAAACGAGGCUCAACCUCAUCUCGAGUUGCCUUUUUUGAAGAACUCUAGUGCCUACAUACCCUUACCGCCUUCUCAAGUGCCAAAAUUAAAAAAAGGAAAACGUGUCAUACUGCACAGUCAAUUAUAUAUAUAUCUAUCUAUGGA